AUGCCCGCCGCUGAUCGCUCCCUGCCGCCGCCGCCGCUGCUGCUCCUCCUGCCGUCGCUGCUUCUGAUCUGGUGCCUGGAUGGGCCGGUGAGAGCAGCGGAGGAGGGCGGCGGCCUGCCCUCCUCCUCACCCGGGGACAAUGGCCUCAGCGUCGCGGUCGGGGACCCGUCCGCCACCGAAGCGACCGCCUCCGGGCGACUCCUCAGCGCCUCGGCUCUGAUGGAAGAGCCUCAGUUUGCCCUAAAGGUCCUGGUGAGGGACCUGGUGACCCGUCAGCCGCUGCCGGGUGCUUCGGUGGAUGUUUACGUAAAUCACACCCUGAGGAGCUCGGCCCGAGCAGGCCAGAGAGGUGACGUUCUGCUCUGGGUCACAUACAGCCCAGGCCUCAGUCUGACACUGCUGGGCAGCAUGGAGGGCUACGUCCCCAGCCCGCUGCCCUGGAGCACCGCCAAGAGACCCAUUUUCUCCGCCGUCACGUUGCUGCUGCUCCCUCACAGUCAGGGAAACAUCUGGCUGUUUGAAGACUCUGUGGUCAUCACCGCAAAGUUACCUGACAGCUCAUCCCAACCCAAGGUGAAGUUCCCCAAGAACCUCCUCACAAUGUCUGAUAAUAGCAACGUCUCCUCUGUGACUGCGUUUCUGACUGUACCACAGUACCAUCUAGCAAAAGACUGCGCCAACUGCACUCCAGGCAUCAUCAGCAAAAAAUCAUCAGCGUUCAGAAGCAUCGAGCUGAAGGCGGUGGCAGCCGUUGACAUCGUGCUGUACUCUGGUGGCGAGGAGCUCCAGGUUCGGGGACCCAUUCAAAUCAGCCUGCCCCUGGGACACAGCACGCACCUCAGGGCCUCUGACACGGUGCCAGCCUGGGCCUUUAACCUGAAGACCGGUGCCUGGGAGAAUCAGGGGCUGGGAAUAGUGAAAACAGUUGGCAAUGAGCUGGUUUGGACGUACACCGCCUCCCAUCUGGGCUACUGGAUUGCUGCCCCCCUUCCCUCAUCAAACGAUUACUUGGGACAUGGAGGCUCCAUUGAUUUCCUGUCAUACCACACCUACCUAUUGAUGGGAAUACUGGGAGCGACGCUGGCAAUAGUGAUUGGCUUUCUUUCCUUGCUACUGUGUCAAUGCAGGAGGGGUUCUUAUCGAGAGCCCAGGCGGAGGAGAGCGCGCUUUUCCAAACUCACAGUGGUGAAAAAAGACCAAACCACCUCCACCCACAUGGAAGAAGGUCUGCUGUUCCGCUCUGGCGACAACAGCCUCGCUUCCUGCAGCGUCCAGUGUGAACCCUCGUCCACGCCGAGGCACAAAGCCAACUACAACAUCUAUGUGGAGGAUCCAGGGAGUCGCCCGGCGGCUCCUCUUUAUGAGAACAUCGCUCUGGAUCGGAUCAAAAAUUCCCAGCCGUCUCACUACAUCAACAGUGAAGAGGUGGCUCGGCUUCGGGAGAAGUCGGAGCAGGCCAACAUGAACACUGACAACUUCUUUCCUGAUAAGUUGGUUCAUAUCUACAACCAGCCGGUGGCGAUUAUUCAGGCGCCAGAGCUUUUCAGUGCUCAGGAGCAGCAUAAGUCUGCUACUUUCCCCCGCAAUGGAGGUGAGUACGAUGCUCACUCAGAGCCUGCCAGUAAAGACAGCUACACCCAGACCCUCCCCAAAGUCCCUCACCAUCACCAAAGUGGCAGCAGCCCACAGCAGAGCAACCAAGACGAGCCCCAGCCUCUGGAGACGCCUCCUCCAGGUCAAGGCCCCAACGCCGUUGUGUGGGGACGCUACAGUAACCUCCUCGAAUCCUCCGUCUCCGUACCUGGGACUCUAAAUGAGGCAGCUGGUAUGGAGGCCUUCAGCGGUGGUCAUGGCGUACCCAGCGAGCUGCAGGGGAUUUCAGAGCGCACCUUGCUGGAGCUGACCCGCGGCAAGUCUCACCCAAGAGCCUGGUUUGUCUCCUUAGACGGAAAGCCCGCUGCCCAGGUUCGCCACUCCAUCAUUGAGCUCCAGAGCCGCCACCGCCCACCGAGCAGCAAUGACACCAGCCUGGACUCAGGGGUGGACAUGAACGAGCCCCAGCAGAAUAUCCGCGAGACGGAGCGUGACAGGCCCUCAAUCAGGGCCUCUUCGCUGCAGCACCACAGCCGCGGGGGUCGCUACGGCGAAGAGCAGGACCUGAGCAGCAGCGAGAGUGGCACAACGGCCACCUGCACGCCAGAGGACCCUUCCCUGAGGAACAUUUUAGACGGGAGCAGCGGGGCUAUCCCCAAUAUUCCCGAAGAGCGAGACGGGAUGGAUACAUCCAGCGCUCAGGAGGACAGCGAGUCAAGAGGUACGCCGCCUCCACGGCGUCUGAGGAAGGUGAGAGAGAAAGGGAAGACGGAAAAGAGGAGCGCGAAGCAUGUCCGUGAGGGGCGACCUCUGACCAAGCGGAGUUAGAGCAUUGUAAAGCAUUUCUGUUGUCUAAUUUAAAUGUCCAAUCAACCAUUUAACCCACAUUUUGCUAUGGCAGUGAUACUCAACUUAUGCCUGUGGGCUAAAUCUGGUCCCAAAACAGGAUGCCGGGCUCAAACAUUUUCUAAUUGAUAAUGAAAAUAAAGAUUUAUAAUGGGAAUUGACUUCGUACUUUUAGAAUACAUAAAGUGCCAUAGUGAAUGAAACCGCAUCAAAACAGAGCGUCUACAUCAAAAAAAGUGCCGGUGGAGGACCCCAGCACCUCCCGACAGAGGUCCUUACUGAACCCCAAAUGUCCUAAAAUCCUAGAAAUGUCCAGAAAACUAAAAUUCUGAAAAUCCCGGAAAUGCCCAAAAAUCCUAGAGGUACAACAACCUUGAAAUCUUCUUAAAUCCUAGAAGCUUUCUAAAAUCCUAAAAUUGUCCUGCAACCCUCACAAUGUCAGAAAAGACUACAAUUGUCCUGAAAUCUGAGAAAUGUCCUAAAUCCUAGAGACAUGUAUGGGGCUGCUGUGACUGGC